AUGGCAAAGGCAAAACAAAGCCAGCUUUCAAAUACUUUCCAGUGUGACUGGGGUUACUUUUGUUUUAUUGCAGAUCACUUUGAGGACAGAAACUUUGAGGCCUGCCCCUGUGAAGCCACCACAGACCAGCCAGACCUGCGUGCCCACAUCAACUGCUGCAACUCUGCCAAGGUGGAAACUGGCUACUGGAUCUAUGAAUGUCCCAACUACAUAGGCCAUCAGCACUGCCUGAGGAAGGGAGAAUAUCCUGACUACCAGCACUGGAUGGGCUUCAAUGACUCCAUUAUGUCUUGUAUCAUCACAGCAAUCCAGGAGCACAGCUGGCUACAGAUCUAUGAGAGGAAUGACUUCAGAGGCGGGUUGUUGGAGUUCAUGGAUAACUGCCCUUCUCUCCAGGGUGACUUUUACUACAAGGACAUCCAGUCUUGUAACGUACUUGAAGGAAGCUGGGUUUUCUAUAAAUAGCCACACAUCUGAGAACAGCAGUACCUCCUGAGGCCUGGUGAACACAGGUGAUUCACCGACUGGGGUGCCAUGACUGCAGAAGUUGGAUCCUUCCAACCAACAGUGGAUACUUCCUAACCAGCACUUUCCUAAGCUAUAUAUCAAUGAGUAGUGCCAUUAGUACUUUAUUAAGGCCAAGGAGUUUUAGAGCCUACAUGGAUUAGGCUCCCUUUUCUUGCAAUGCUUUUAGCCUUUGAUUUAAAGCCCAGCAGAGUCAGGAAGUGUCUUGACUGCAGUGGGCUUCAGAGCCUGUGCUUGCUUUACUGGUAGGAGUAAUUCCCCUGAAGUCAGUGGAGGUGAGCUGGUAACACCCAAGCUCAGAGAAAACCUGCAUCUAAAUUGCCAAGCUAAAUUUUUAU